CAAAGAAACUUCCAUUACAGCAGCAGGCGAAAUUCGCCCUUCUUCUGUGAAGAUUGAGCUGAACCAAAUAUUGUUAUGUUUUUCACACUAUGUGCUGAACGCCCACAAUGCCAGGAAAUAUUUAAGAGCUGUGAUCUGUGGAAAAGCUUUAUCGGUUCCAGUGGAACCUUUAGGACUUACUGUUAUAUCGUUUUACGCAAAACGCACAUAGACACAAAUGCAGCAAUAAGAGAAGAUCUUGGGGACCGGUGCAUCACAGACCGCGCUUCGCUACAAUGCCCGUGCAAGCCCCGCAAUGGACCGAGUUUCUGUUGUGUCCCAUUUGCACGCAAACCUUCGAGGAGAGCCACCGCAAGCCCAUCAGCCUGGGCUGUGGCCACACCGUGUGCAAAAUGUGCCUGAACAAACUGCACCGCAAGGCCUGCCCUUUCGACCAGACCACCAUCAGCACGGACAUCGAGCAGCUGCCCGUCAACACAGCGCUCUUGCAGCUUGUCAGCGGACAGGUACCCAAACCUCCCCCCGUCACUUUACUGACAGCUGCAGAGGACGUUAAGCACUAUGAGGAGUCUCGCACAUGUGUGGAGGACCUGGCCCUCUAUCUCAAACCCCUGAGCAACACCAGAGGUGCAGGGCUGAAUGUUGCUGCUCAAAGUGUUCUCAGCAGACCCAUGCAGAGGAAGCUGGUGACUCUGGUGCACUGCCAGCUGAUGGAGGAGGAGGGCCGCAUCCGGGCCAUGCGGGCGGCCCGCUCUCUGGGUGAACGUACUGUCACUGAGCUCAUCCUCCAGCACCAGAACCCCCAGCAGCUCUCCUCCAACCUGUGGGCCGCCGUCAGAGCCAGAGGCUGCCAGUUUCUUGGCCCUGCUAUGCAGGAAGAAGCAUUGAAGCUGGUCCUGCUCGCUCUGGAAGAUGGUUCAGCCCUCUCACGGAAGGUUCUGGUCCUGUUUGUGGUCCAGAGACUCGAACCACGUUUUCCCCAGGCCUCAAAAACCAGCAUAGGACACGUGGUGCAGCUCCUUUACAGGGCCUCCUGCUUUAAGGUGACCAAGCGUGACGAGGAUUCCUCCUUAAUGCAGCUGAAGGAGGAGUUUCGCACGUACGAGGCUCUUCGGAGGGAACACGACUCUCAGAUCGUUCAGAUCGCGAUGGAAGGCGGACUGCGUAUCGCCCCUGACCAGUGGUCAUCUCUACUGUACGGCGACCAGUCGCACAAAUCCCACAUGCAGUCUAUCAUAGACAAGUUGCAGACACCAGCAUCCUUUGCUCAGAGUGUGCAGGAACUCACCAUUGCCCUUCAGAGAACCGGAGAUCCAGCCAAUCUCAACCGCCUCAGACCCCAUCUGGAGCUGCUGGCCGACAUCGACCCCAGCCCAGAUGCCCCUGCGCCCACAUGGGAGCAGCUAGCCAAAGGGCUGGAAGCGGUGCGGACCGUCGUUCAUGGCCUGGUAGAUUUCAUCCAGAACCACAGCAAGAAAGGAGGGGAUCAGCAGCAGCCACCUCAGCACAGCAAAUAUAAGACCUACAUGUGUCGGGACAUGAAACAAAAAGGCGGCUGUCCUCGUGGGGCAAGUUGCACCUUCGCUCACUCUCAGGAAGAGCUUGAAAAAUACCGUAAGAUGAAUAAACGUUUGGGAAUGAGGCGCCAGCUCAGCCAGUCCCUGACCCAGCUGAAUGAGAUGGACUUCGGCACCGGUCUGUUGCCUGACGAGGGGCUGCUGAUGGAGGGACUCCCACGCAAACCCUCCUCCAUCACUAACAUCAUCCUAGCAACAGGACCUGAAUCCACUUUGGCCCACCUGGUUUCCAGAGGCUCGGACCCGUCAUAUGACCCAACACACAAACCGGAGAAGAUGAAUUCUGGGAGCCUCAGUGCGCCUGGCUCACCUCCAGAGUCAUUGGAAUCCAUCCCAAAACCAGGGAUGCUCAUAAAUUCCCACUCCAGGGUAGCCGGCGAUGGCACAGUCGGACAGAAGCACAUGCCUGCUGUGCCUAGAGUUCCUCACAUGUAUUCACCACACCACUCUGAACUGUAUUACUCUGAGACACGAGGCCCUCUGCCACCCUCCACCCAAUAUGAAUCCUCCCAGUACCCAGCAGGUAAUCCUUAUCCUCACCAUCAUGUGCACCCACGCUACACCCGUCACCCCGCUCCAGAUCCAGGCAUGCCACCAUAUCCGGAUUCCUAUUCCAGUUCCUACACCUCGGAACGCCAAUGCGCCAACCCAAGCUCACAUUACGGAUACCCUUCACACCACGAUGGCCGUCGCCACUCAGCCUACUCCCAUCCCCAAACAUUCCCCCCAAGGGAGGAACUGGUCCGUAGGAGUCCGGACAUUCCCCCGCCGCUACCACCCCAAAGCGCUUCGUACCUGCCAGAUCAAGAUAGUUAUAACCACUCCAGUCAGAUCAGGAAUUACCCAAGGAAUGCCUACACGCGAUCUCAGCCUUCCCUAGACUACCUGCACCGUCGAAGACAGGAGAUCAUGGCCCAGCUGGAGGACAGAAAGGACGUUUCCCCAUCGCCCUAUAGCUCCUCACACUCGCACGACCCCAGCUACCCUCAGGACAUGAAGGGACAGAGCCAUUACAUGGAAGAGAACUCCCAUGGUUUUGGACAUUUCCGGGAACCAGACUACUCCAGCUCAUAUUCACCUUGGUCAUGUGACCCCUUCGGUUCCUACAUUGGCGGCAAGGAUAUAAAGUCCAAAGAGGGCAUGGACACACAGCAAAAUUUAGACAAAGGCAAAAGUCUGAGAGCACACGGCUUGGAGCUUCAACGCAGAGCGGCAGACGUCAAAGACGACGACCCCAUCAUUCCCUUUGGCACCCUGCCGACCGUGUCUCGUUUUGGAGCCAUCUCACGCACGUCUAAACCGGGCUACCCGCCAAACAGUCCCAUGCCACCCUUGCCAAACUCGGCCAAACACACCGCUUCUGCUGCUGACUACACCUAUGCGAAUCACAGUGGGUGGAGUGGCGACUCUUACCAGCCGCACCAAAAGUCUCAGGGGCACUUCAGCGAGCGGUCCAGUUUAUCCCCUGCCGUGCAGGCGCGUGAGCAGCUGAGGAUGGAGCUACAGCAGGUCAACCUGCAAAUCAGCCAGCAGACGCAGAGUCGCGGCCUGGAGAACCCAAGCUCAGUCAUGUCCCAGCCGUCUCGAGUGGACUGGUCAUCAGGGAAUUUGUCCAGUGAACAGUUGAGUCUCGAGCUGCACAAGGUGGAGAGAGAUAUCAUCAUGAGGACACAUGAGAUGGCCAUGGAGAACCACGAUGGCAAGUACAAGCGGGUCUCAGUCGAAAAUGGACAAGACGAACACACUCUACAGCGAGAUCCACUCACUCUUAGUGAGGGCUCAAACGGCUCCAUCAGUUUGGUCCAGGACUGUGGUUUCGUCAGCAGCAGCAUGUCCUCGCUGACCAGCAAGACGUCAUCUCUCAGUUUGUCCUCCGAACAGGUGGCCAGCAGCCCUGAUUUGCCCAAGAACGGAGUCGUCCACUCCUAGUCGGCUCUUUCUACCUCAGAUUCCCCUUCCUCGACCACCACCCCUCUCUUAUGCCAGGUUAAACCCUCUAGAGCCGGAUGCUCCAUCAUCGCUGUAUGACACACGCCAUUCAUUCGCUUAAUCCUGAGCGUUUAGCUUCCUCAGGGUGAAUCUGAAAAACAUAAGAUGAUUUCAGUUAUGUUGUUUAACUAUCAUUAAUCCACUUUCUUGGGUUUCAAAAUUGCAUUUUUAUCAAAAUGUGCUACGUUUUCGGUAGUUACACUCUUGUUCGUGCUUGGUCUGGCAUUUACACUUGUGUCAGGGUUUACAAUGUUUAAAUUCAUUUUUUACUGCAGGCUUGCUGCAUAUUCAACCAAUGGAAAGCAUUUUGUUUUAUUAUGACGGUCAAAAUUAUGUAUUGUGUUUCAUACAUUAGGCUUCAUUUAGGCUUUUACAGUGUGAUUGCUGCGAUGCACAUUAUUGUGCGUUAUAGAAAUUCUCACAAACCUAAAUGUUCACUGAUUUGACCUCAACUGCGCUCAUGCCAACAAACCCAAAAGCCUUUUCCAGUCUUAAUGGGGCCCUUGUAUUGUUUUCAGUGUAUUGCACCACACUGCCUGCGGGAUUUCGAUUGAACCGCCUGUAAUCAUCAUUUUCUGUUGUAAUGUCCUCAGGGAUGCAUUAAUCUGCCUCUAUAUUUUGUGGACAUGAAUAGAAAUAACAAUCCAGGUCACGCUGUUUUUUUUCAUAGUGGGUAUAGUUAUAUUUUUCCAUCCUGAGGAUGGAAAGAAAGCCGCUACGGUAAUGCGUAAAGAUGCAUUCUGUUGUAAGAAUGCGUAUAUACUAUUCACUUUGUGAAAUUACGAUCUUCAGAUCAAUGCACGAUUUUUUUGUAUAUGUGGAGUUUUUCAUCCUGAAAGAUGUGCCGAAAGACUUUGAUCCAGUUGUAGCCACCUCAAGACUCUCCUUCAUUCUCCGUUUCGUCUUUCAACUUUGAAGAACAUUGUUUUGAUGGGCCGGUUCAAUCGAAUUCCCCUACAGGCUGGGCUCAUGCAUGUACAUCACAGUUCUCCUCAAAUUCAUUCUAAUAUUGAUGGGGGAUUAACUAAGCUCCUAUACUUCACUUUACUGUCAAGUGUCUUGCAGAAGACUGUUUUGGACUCCUUGCCUUUUAAAGGAAUAAUUCACCCAAAAAUAAAAAUUUGCUGAAAAUUUCCUCACCCUC